CUGGCUGCCUGCUUCCUCUUCCAGCACCCCGGGGGAGAAGGACAGCUCCCUUUGCACGUUGGCACACUCUGCGAGCGAGAAAUCCCCAGCAAGCCGCCUGAAGGGGAAGGAGGAGGCGGCGGAGGUCACCGGCGAGCAACAGACGCUGCGAGCUUGCCGGGCAGUAACUCAGCCCUUGCAGGCGCCCAAGACUCCAGCUUCCUCCAGAGCUCCGCUCUCACCUUGUACCUGCUUGCAGUUGCCUAGUCGGGGAAGACGACCCCUUCCUCCCCCAGUCCCACAACCUGUCGGCCUCGGGGGGUGGAUCUUGAAGCAGGCAAAGCAGAAUGUACCAGGGACACAUGCAGGGGAAAGGCUCUAGGGCGGCAGAUAAGGCUGUUGCCAUGGUGAUGAAGGAGAUACCGAGGGAGGAGCCUGCCGAGGAAAAGCCCCUCCUUACUAUGAAAUCACAGCUGGUGAAUGAGCAACAAGAAAGCAGACCCCUCCUGAGCCCCUCCAUCGAUGACUUUCUUUGCGAAACCAAAUCAGAAGCCAUUGCAAGGCCUGUGACAUCAAAUACAGCAGUUUUGUCAACAGGGUUGGAUCUCUUGGACCUGAGUGAACCAGUCUCCCAAACCCAAAACAAAGUGAAAAAGUUGGAGAAUUCCUCAAGAGGGGAAAGCUUGAAGGCUUCAACUCACAGGAAAAAGGCAGACAAUCCAGACCUUAUCAGUGUGGAUGCAGAGCAGAAAAUCCAGCCUGCCAGAGCUCCCGAAAAGUCAUCAUUGGAUUUAGUCAAUAUCCAGGCGCAGCUAGAGAAAUGGGAUGAUGUGAAGUUUCAUGGAGACAGAGCCAGCAGAGGCAUCCCAGCACCUGAGAGAAAACCUUCAUCUACUAGAGCUCCAUCAAAAGAAUUUCUAUGGUCUGCAGAGAACAGUUCCCAGUCAGAGCUGACCACUGUCAAGACCGCACUGGAACCUGACUCAGCCUCGGAUAUAGAGUUAGCACCCGCUCCUGCACCUGCACCAAAGGCACGAUCAACCAAAGAGCAACGUUGGGGAGGUGCCCUCCUCUCACGAAAUCAUUCCAUGGAGGAGGAAUUUGAAAGAGCAAAAGCAGCUGUCGAGUCAGACACAGAGUUUUGGGAUAAGAUGCAAGCAGAGUGGGAAGAAAUGGCUCGCAGAAACUGGAUCUCCGACAGCCAAGAAGCACAAGGCCAAGCGGCCGUCUCCAUUAAUGAGAAGGGCUAUUAUUUUCAUACAGAGAACCCCUUCAAAGACUGGCCUGGCGCUUUUGAGGAAGGCCUCAAAAAGCUGAGGGAAGGGGACUUGCCCCUGGCCAUCUUAUACCUGGAAGCUGCUAUUCUCCAAGACCCUCAUGACUCCGAGGCCUGGCAGUACCUUGGGACAACACAAGCUGAGAAUGAAAAUGAACAGGGAGCAAUUGUUGCACUCCAAAGGUGCCUAGAGCUCCAGCCAAACAACUUGAAAGCCUUGAUGGCCUUAGCUGUGAGCUUUACAAACACCAGCCAUCAGCAGGAGGCUUAUGAAGCGCUAAGAAACUGGAUCAAGCAGAAUCCUAAAUACAAGUACAUAGUCAGGAGCAAAAAAGGAUCCCCGGCACUUACCAGGAGAAUGUCCAAGGCAGCAGAAGAAAGUUCACUGCUGGAAGAGGUGAAGGAGCUAUACCUGGAGGGAGCCCAUCAGAACGGGGAGAUGAUAGACCCGGACUUACAAACAGGACUCGGCGUGCUCUUCCACCUGAACGGAGAAUUUAACAGAGCAAUAGAUGCAUUCAGCGCUGCCCUCACAGUUCGGCCUGAGGAUUAUUCAUUGUGGAACCGUCUCGGUGCAACCUUAGCAAAUGGAGAUCGGAGUGAGGAAGCCGUAGAAGCUUACACAAGAGCACUGGAAAUCCAGCCUGGCUUCAUCAGGUCCAGGUACAAUUUAGGAAUAAGCUGCAUCAACCUUGGAGCAUACAGAGAGGCAGUCAGCAAUUUCCUCACAGCUCUCAAUUUGCAACGAAAGAGCCGGAAUCAGCAGCAGGUUCCUCACCCUGCAAUUUCAGGUAAUAUCUGGGCAGCUCUCCGGAUUGCUUUGUCUAUGAUGGACCAGCCGGAACUUUUCCAGGCCGCUAAUGUGGGCGAUCUGGAUGUCCUACUAAAAGCUUUCAACAUCGAACCCUGACGCACACAGGGAGAGAGAGAGACUCACACAGAGAGACACUUACCAAGCCCUCAAAAGAAAAAAGAAAGCCCAACCCAUCUAGUUCUAUAUAGAAAUAGAAAUAUCUUUGAAUUCCCUGCUUGGACUGAGAAAGAUGACGUGGACAAUUUGCAGCAGAAAGGGUUCUAUGGGAUUCCACCAGAUCUCCAGAAAAUUAAAAGCACAAAACCUUGUAAAUAUCACCUUGCUCAAGUCCACUGAUGGAUUCAUGGGAACAACAGCUACUAUGGUGCAUAGGGGAACAGGACAAAACAACUUCACCUGGAUAUUCCUUAUGACAUGUACCUGUACAAAGAAAAUGGGUUUUGAACAUCAUGCUACCAUGUGCAUAAGAGCACAGAAAAGGUGUUGGGUAGCGUUUCCUAAGGAGCUCCUCUGACCCUCAAAUACAGCAGCAGAGGAGAGGAUGGAUGGUUUCUCACUUCCAUCUUCCACGGUUCGUUUCCCACAUCUGCGGCCUUCCAUAUGUACACGUUGGAGUAGCUGCGUUUCCUCCACCGUUAGCAACCAUCUACGGCUGAAACGUUAAUUGGAUUUUGAUUCUGGAGUCUGGAUCCCGUGAAGCCCUCCAAAGCAGAGAUCUCAUGAGAUCCAAGAAGUCUACGCAUGGAGAAUUUGAAGGUUGAAACAUAUGCUGUAGGGGAUGGGUUGUGCAAAAAGAGGGCCAUCUCUACUGCUGCAGCAACGCUGAUGCAGGGGAUUUCUGUACGUGCAGCAGAACUUCCUCUCCCUCUCCUGUUCUCUCCAGCCUCCUGGGUGCCCUCAAAACCAGCUCUAGAUGGUUUGGGGAACCCUCUGGAGCAGAUCUUGAGGGAGAGGAGAGGAAACGGA